UGAACUUCCUCAGCCUGUAGAGCAGCAGGUUAGCUGCUCUGAGCCCUGCUGUACCUCUGCUGCUGCACAAACGCACAGGACAUUCUUAUACCAGGACACCCUCAGCCUGGCUGCUGAAACCACACCAAAGGCACUCAGGCACAGUGUUUUUUUCUUAGGUGCCCACUCUUGCUCUGACCUUCAUCCUAUGUGAGAGUCAAGGUCACCAUGGCAACCGACCCCGAGAGCAGCCCGGGAAAGCCGAGAUUUGGCCCCAGUGACCGCCUGAUUGCCAUGUUCAGAGCCUGCAUCAGAGAUCCAACUGAGGCAAUAAAAGCACGACUGAGACAUAUGUUGCACACAUUUCUGCAACACAUCAGGGACAAUGCAGAGAAUGAGAAGACCAAAGAGUUGGCAGUAAAGUGCUGCUGUAAGGCUGAAGUCUGGUAUUACCGAAUCCUGGAAGAUCUUGUCAGUCGAGAGGGGAAAAGCCAGGGUGUCAGUGGCAUUUCAGGCAUUUUAGAGAAUGAUCUUCUCCAGUGCUGUCUGGUGGUCUGCUGUCUGGAGAUUACCAUAUACUCAAGCUGUCUGCGAUGUGACUUACCUCUGCUCCUUCACUUGUUCAAGCUGCCAGCAUAUGACUUCUGGAAGGUGACUGAGCUGGUGCUGUGGAUUGAAGUGACACUGCAUCACUCUGAUGCCAGACACCUCACUCAAGUGAAAGAGAAAGUCCUGGAGAGCUUGGCCUGGACCAGCAACUCAUCGCUGUGGGAAGAAAUCAGAGCCAAUGAGGGUCAUCUGCCUACCUGCCAGCAGGUAAUGCCUCCUACACAGCUAGAAGAUCCACAGAGAACAGAACUGCACCCUGAUGGAAGCCUUCCAGGAGUGGGUGGCAGUUUGGGAGCUGACAGCACUGACCAUCAGUGUUCCCCAUCAGCUGGAAACAGGCCUCGGAGCAGCAGCUUCCUCCAUGUGUUUGCUCGUAAGGUUUACAGCCUGAUGGGAAAGCGUCUGAGGGAGCUAUGUUCCAUAAUGGGAAUUUCUGAUGAGUUACGGUUGAAGAUCUGGACCUGUUUUGAGUACUCUCUGGUCUACUGCAACUAUCUCAUGGUAGGCCAUCACCUGGACCAACUGCUGAUGUGUGCCAUCUACAUCAUAGCUAAGAUUACCGAGAGGGAAAUACCCUUCAAGCACAUAAUGAAGUGCUACAAGUCUCUGCCACAUGCUAAGAAAAGUGUAAGCAUAACAAAAAUAAAUAAAGAUAAUGGAGACCGCAGUGACCUGACCCCCAGCACACCAUCAAAACAUUAUCCAGGAUCCUGUCGGGAGGAGAGGAGCAAUCUUAUCUACUUUUACAACGAGGUCUACAUGAAAAAGAUGCGGGACUUUGCUGGUCAGCUUGCCUCGACCUCAGGUGCUGAUACUCCACCUUUAUCUCCAUACCCCCAAGAGCAGAGAGCAUCUCCUCGCAGACGUCAGGUGUCCAGCAGCCACCCCAUCUUCAUUUCACUGUUGGACCCUGAAACCACCUCCCCUUGUAAAACCUCGCUCUCCUACUACUUCAGUUCAAGUCCCCCAGAGCGUCUGCGUGAGAUCAAUAACAUGGUCAGAACAGGCUGGUCUCCCAACAGGCCAUGCCCUGCAAUGUCACCAGACAGAGGGGAGGAGGCGGGAGAUGAUGGUCCUUCAGCAAAAAGGCUUCGUAUGGCAGACCAGUCAGCCUGGCAGAGGCGACUGAGGAAUGUGGUGAGCGAUCGUGUCACAAGAAGGAACCAGGAUCAGUACCAGUCGUCUCCAGUUACAAAGCCUAACCUGCCCUAGAAUUAGAGAGGAGCAUGAAGUCUCACUCUGCUCCUGUUUCUAUAACAGCUAUAACUGUUUUCACAUAUGACCUCUGGACAUGUCUGGAGAUUCAAGUCCAGACAUGCAGUUGCCCUUUCACACAUGUUCAGUAGCACACAGCAGGAGAUAGAUGUGUUCUCUCCAGCUGAAAAUACUCUGGUUUAUGUGCCUGGGCAGUGUGCAGGAGGCAGGUCAUGACGCAAAGAAUACACUGUGGAAACUGCACUGCUGUUUCUUGAAUUUGUCUGACAAUUUUGGCAUCAGACCUUAAUGACAGAAGUUCCAGAAUCUCUUUGUCUUUUUAUACUAUCCAAACAUUUUAGUUCAGUUUUGUGUCAGUUGCAUGAUAGAAACAUCAUCAGUACACCAGUUAGCUUGGUGUAAAUUAUCCAGACAUUAACCUGUUCUGUUCACACAUGGGCUCAAUCGGACAUUACAUGAACUUUGUACUAGAAAGCUGGCAGGGUAAAAUCUGUUUAAUGUCCUGUCCAACUGACUCAGACAUUUGCGUUUUCACCUACAGGGUAAUGUUUAGAUAAGUUCAGGGCUGCAGUGCAUGUCUGAAAAGGGCUUAUGUCAGCAGCUCUGUCUUCCUUUACAGGUAUCGCUCAAGAAUUCAUUUAGACCAGGUCCUUUCAGCUCAAAGCGACAUCUACACUGGUUUGCUCUUUUGCUCUACACUAUUUUUUUUUUUUUUACACCAACAGUGUCUAGGUGUCCUUGAAUAAGGAAAUCCAGCUCAGCAGCCAGUGGUAGAAGAUUGUAGUCAUACUGGUCAGUGGAAGUGUCUGCUGUUGUGAGUUUGAAGUAGGUCAUGGUCUAGAUUCUGAUACUAUUAGUGCUCAGUGUCACUCUAAUGUGGUUUACCUGUUUUUUUAAAUUCUGUAGUGAUACUUUCUUGAGUAUAUUUGACAUAAAAAAAAAAUAAGUUGAGACUUGAAAACAGAAGAACAUUAUUUUUUACUACUUCAUAAAAAUAAAGACAGAAGUUACAACAGCAUAAAACUUUAUUCAGUGAUACUUGAAGUAUGUAGAUAGAAUUGUUAAGAAUAAUACAUUACUGUUUAAUACUACUACUUAAUAUCAGGGCUGAUCCAAUAGGAUAGCGAGCUAAUUCUGACAGAGUGUCAACUGGGCAGAAUGAUGCACUGUUUGACCGAGACUGUUUUCACAUUCAUUGCCAAAGAGACAAUGUUUCAUUGAAUGACAUUUGAAUUUAACUCACACAUGCAUAAACAUUACUUGUUGAAAUAACUUUUUGAAGUGUUAUGUGGAAACUUAAAGUAUGUGUGGUUAAUGAGCAUGCAUUAACCGUGGACCUCUCAGUGACACAGCUUGUGUUUGUGUUCAGGCAUUACACUUUUUUUUUUGCAUAUUUAUGGUUUUGGGCUUUUCUGACUAGAUAACCAAAACUUAAAAAAAAAGACAAGAGAUUGGACAAUAUGUCUUAAAAUAUGUCUGGGAUUUUAAAUGUUUUAUUACAAUACUUAUCACAUAUUCAUCAUAUGUCAUCAUAAACUCAUAAACACAAAGUCUUUGUAAAGCAGUCACUGUCAAAUAAAGACACA